AAUUGUUUCUUGCGUGGCUGAUUGACGAUUGGGAUGCAUAUUUAUUAUUUUGUUGAAAUAAAAUAAUAUCGAAUAUAGAAAGUGAAAACAAAACAAUUAAUAAAACAUGGAUCAAACACAGAAAAGGGAACGAAAUGGAGAACCCAUUAAAUUGGGUGAAUUGAAUAUGACACCAAUAUUGGUGGCCAUGAUUGUGGGCUUUAUAGCCGUGGCUUUAUUCGUUAUCUUCCGUAAAAGAUCUUCAGCCCGUAGAGAUUUCCUAUUGACUGGCAUAAGUGAGGCCGGCAAAAGUUCGAUAUUUAUGCGUAUUUUACAUGACAAAUUUCCAGAAACUUUCACUUCCAUUAAAGAAAAUGUGGAAGACUAUAAAUUAGGAGCUCGUUUGGUAGAUAUUCCUGGCCACUAUAGAGUAAGGGAGAAAUGUUUCGAACAAUAUAAGAAAACAGCCAAGGGUAUUAUAUUUGUUUUGGACUCGGUAACCAUUCAGAAAGAUAUACGUGAUGUGGCAGAUGCACUUUACAUAAUGCUCACCGAUUCGGCCACUUUACCCUGCAAAUUUGCCGUAUUGUGCAAUAAGCAAGACUUAGCUACCGCCAAGAGUGUACAAGUUAUUAAGACUUCUUUGGAAAAAGAAAUGAAUAUUAUACGUGAUACACGCAGCCGUAAAUUGCAAUCAGUAGGUGAUGAUGAUGUUAACAAACCCGUCUAUUUGGGUAAACAAGGCAAAGACUUUGAAUGGUCGCAUUUACAGCAAAAUAUUCAGUUUUAUGAAGGUUCUGCUAAAGAUGGAGAACUCAGCAAUCUCACCGACUGGAUGGACAAAGUGUUGUAAAUUAAAUUAUAUAUAGAUUUAUUUCUACACCAUCAGAAUCAUAAGCAGCAUUUUUCCUAUUUAGCAUACAGCGUUCAUUUUAAAUAAUUCAUGGAAUAUUAUUGGGGAAGCUAAUUGUGUUUGUAAUUUUUUUAUAUAUUUUUCAUUUUCUGUUUUGUUACAUUUAAAUUUUUGAUUUAGUAUUUAAUGUUGAAAUGUUCAGUUAUUCCUUAUUAAUAUUUAAUUAACUUUUUUCUAGUUAAACAAUAAAUUUAAGGUUUUUUUAUAAAAAAAGUUGAA